AUCGGCAGUGCUUGCGUUUAUUUUCUUGAAAACUCAGCGCUCGCUACUUUCCUGCCGAGAAUGCUGCGUCACACUGAUAACGCGCACGCCGUUCGUGACUUGCAAGUACCGGGCUCGCAGCGUCAAAGAAAGGAAAUGCGGGCAAGGCAGAUGAACGAUUAUCGCUGUGGGACAAGCUACGACCCGAAGGGUGUAAACAUUUUUUUUAAGAGUGUAGAAGACCUCCUUUUUUUUUUAUUUCUUUUGUGGCCUGAUCCGGCAUUGCCCGUUCAUCUCCCGAUGCGAAGAGACGUGACCGCAGGCAUCAUCAGCAUCAGAGGUUCACGAUUGCUCUUUCGCUUGGUGCUGCGUUCAAGUCUCUCGUUUGUGGCGUAGAAUACAGCUGUUUUGUCGAAGCCGAAAGGGUACUUGCUGCCGAUUGCCUUAGUUUUGUCGGCCACAACUCGAGGAUUUCAGCGACGAAACCACGGAAGCCGUUGAACGGUGCGUGCGAACGUCCGUCCUGCCUAGCUAGCCGCAGCAGUAUUUAUUUGAAGACAUAUGACCUUUCGAGCGAGCCCGAGGUUAAAAAAUGGAAGUCUUUGUGCGCGGCGGGAUACCGUAAGCUGCAAGCACUUGUGCGCAGCGUUCCUAUACUGCUACAGAGAAACGUACGGACCUCACAAGGGGGCUAAACUACCGAACGAUCAGCUGCUGGAGGCGCCGACAACCAAAGGUGAACCACUUGGUCUGAACAGCUGCCAUGACAAGACGAUUGAACACGAGAAGCAUCACUUUCAAGAGCAUCCAAGCACACAGUAAACCCGUAAUGAAAGCAUCCCAACAGGUACAAGGAAAUGGGGGCCUCCUCGGAAGUUGUACGUGAGGUCAACAUGAGUGUUACGACCAACUCGACUAGCCUUGUCGGCUGGGUGGGAGAGCCCGCACAGCUCACCUACAACAUCAGCACCCGAGUCGGCAUCAUCGUCCAGUGUACCAGGAACGCCGACCACGUCACCUCGUACUACGUUCUGGUUCCCGGCGAGGAGACGGUGCGGUUGAACCGCUCCAUCAGCAUCGGCUCGCUUAAGUUCCGCGACGCCGGUGUGUACACGUGCGAGGCCCGAGAGCCCAUGCCGGGAGGCGGUGAAUCCCCGGUCGUGAACGUGUCGUGGACCCUGACCGUGGAGCGGCGUCCCCCCGCUUGCCUCGUCAACGAGUCGUGCACCGAGGCCCAGGGUCACAGCUGCUGGAGGGACCUGUGCACGUGCCGCUCCUCGGACAUGAGCUUCUUCUCCAAGAGGGGACACCGUCGGUGCCGCAUCGCCGGAGCGCUAAGCCUAACCGCCAGGGUCACUGCACUUCCCCGCUCAGCGUUCGAUCUGCUCGAGAUCAGCUACUACCUGGUCACGUACGGCGACACCGUCGUCAGGUGGUACAGCGACCGGGAGCGCGGCGGCCGCUCCGUCGCCAAGGUCAUGGUCGACUCACCGCGCCGACAGUUCAGUGGCGCCAUCUACCUGCGGCGGCGGGAGUUCACACAUGGCGGCACCGUCAACGUGUCCGCGGUGCUGUCCGGCACGCCGACGUCGAAGUUGGUGCAGAUCGACGUGCCCAAGAGCACAUACCAGAUCGGCGACGUCUGUGAGGAGGACGCCGACUGCAGUAACGCCCAAGGGUUCUGCAUGAAGGGCCGUUGUUCAUGCACCGACAGCACGGGAAAAGACCACGGACGCCCCGUCGACGGCCAGUGCGUGGCAUCGUGCACUCAGCCCAAGGACUGUGACUCCGUGCAGCACAGCCACUGCUUCGGCGGCGUCUGCCAGUGCUUUGAGGGACUGCACCUGUACAACAGGAGCUGCGUGCCGAACAGAUGCGGCCAGCACGUCUACUGCUCGGUGAACGAGACGUGCGUCUCCGGGCGCUGCUUCUGCCGACCGGGUUACAUGGUGCAGAACGGACGGUGCGUCCAGGCCGAGUGCUCCACGGACGCCGACUGCAUCUGGAAGAACACUGAGUGUUUUUCAGGUCGAUGCGUGUGUCUCCCGGGAUACCGAAUCAUCGAGGGAGACUGCGAUCGAGAGUACUUCGGCAGCUGCAGCUUGGGCUGCACGUCGGUGCUCAACAGCCAGUGUGGAAGCGGGGCCAUGUGCGUCUGUAGUCCCGGAUAUGUGUACCGCGCUGUUGGCGGAUACGAGACGUGCUCGCCCAUCGAGUGCCACCACGGCCUUACGUGUCCGGGGCUGUACGCAAGCUGCGUGGACUACGCGUGUGCUUGCGCCGAUGGCAACCAAUCUGUCUCGUGCAGGGAGGGCGGUUCAGCCAUGUUGUCCUUUUCCGAAGAUGAACCUCCCGCGUACGAGACUGUGCUGCUCCUCUGCGGCGGAGCGGUCGCCUUCAUCGCCGUCGGAGCCUUGCCCGUGCUCGUGUGGAGACACUUGGGACCGGGAAGGAAACUGGGACGCCCUCCGGCGGUGGGCUCCGAAGGCGUGGGACAGUAUCUCCUGGCGUGGCCGCAGCAUGCCGUGCCACUCGCUGCGGCGCCUGUAGUGCUGGAGCCCGCCGUUAGGGCGCCCAAGAGACGAUACCCGUUCGAGGCGCAAAACAUGUGAUGAUUAGGUUGAUAAUGAAAAUGGCUUUCUCGUAAGAUUUAGUAGGAAUUUCGACACCAGUUAGUUAAUCCGAGCUAUCGCUUGCUAUGAUUUGCGCGAGUUCCUUGCUAAUAAACUGCGAUUG